GUGCCAUGCGCCGACUCAGGCGGUCCUCCGCUCCGCUCGCCUCCGUCCCCGGUUCCGCUCGACUCCGCUCGCCCUCGCGACGACGCGCCCCGCAGCAGCAGCUUGCGCCGCCGGCCCCGCGACAUGUGACGAGGGCGCCGCGCCCCCGCGAGUUAGUGAGCGUGUGAGUGACGGUGCGAGUGACGACUCGUGCUCGAGUGAGUGACUUGCGUCCCCGAGGUGUCCCCGGCCCCACCCGCCCGGGAUGGCGCGCUGAGGUGAUAUGGUCCCUGAGUGGCGCGAGCGCGCAACGAGUGCAUCCCGUCCGGACAGAGCCUGGAUCAAGCCUGGAUAAAACUAAGCCCGAUACGGAUACAGCAGCAGCAGCAUCAGCGCGGCAAAGAUGCAGCGGAACACGUCCAUGAUGAGAACCACCAGCAACGGAGGGAUCCACCACAACCACGCCAAUCACAACCACGCCAACCACAACCACAAUCACAACCACGUGAACCACAUCAAGACCAAUGGCCACGCUCACACAAACGGCAACGGUCCGCAGACGCGGCACUGGAUCAACGGCGGCCUCCACAAGCCAGACGACAAGCAGUCCACGCUCUCCAGGUACUGGACGACGGAGCGGCCGCGGGCGACGCUGAGUGACUACGAGGCGAUCCGGCGGUCGUGCCGGGAGCGCGGCCGCCUGUUCGAGGACCCCGAGUUCCCGCCGGGCAACCGCGCGCUCUACCACCACAAGAAGCCGCCGCUGCAGCCCAUCGUCUGGAUGCGGCCGCACGAGAUGUGCCAGCGGCCGCGCUUCCUGGCCGAGGACGGCGGCCCCGGCGCGGGCCCCGGCCCCGGCGGCGGCGGCCCGGGCUCCGGCCCGCUGGCGGGCUCGGGGACCACCACCGGCCCCCGCUUCGACGUGGAGCUGGGCGAGCUGGGCGACCCGUGGCUGCUGGCGGCCGUGUCCUCGCUCACGCUCACACCGCGCUUCCUCGAGCGGGUGGUGCCGCCCGACCAGGGCUUCGACAACGCGCACUAUGCCGGCAUCUUUAGGUUUCGGUUCUGGCACUUUGGCGAGUGGGUGGACGUGCUCGUCGACGACCGGUUACCCACGCACAAGGGCCGCCUGGUGUACAUGCACUCCUCCAACAGCACCGAGUUCUGGGCGGCCCUGCUGGAGAAGGCCUACGCCAAGUGGUACGGCUGCUACGAGGGCCUGCAGUGCGGCAUGACGACGCGCGCGCUCCAGGACCUCACGGGCGGCAUCGUGCAGAGCUUCGGCCUGUCCAGCCAGGACCGGUAUCUCACGUUCCAGGUGCUCAACAGCGCCGUGCCGCGCUCCAGCCUGCUCAUCGCCUGCAUCCAGCCGAAGGAGAACAAGCGGCAGCUGCGCCUGCGCAACGGCCUGCUCACGCAGCACGCGUACUCGGUGACGGGGCUGGCGCGGGUGCGCGGCCCGCUCGGGGAGACGCCGCUGGUGCGCCUGCGCAACCCCUGGGCGCGCGGCGAGUGGACCGGCGCGUGGAGCGAGCGCUCCUGGGAGUGGGACGGGCUCUCGGAGCGCGACAAGGAGCUGCUCUCCGUGCGCGUGCGCAACGACGGCGAGUUCUGGAUGUCGUUCGACGACUUCGCGCGCCACUUCACGCACCUGGACCUGGUGCACGUGGGGCCGGACGACUGGAUGAGCGAGCCGGCGCUGCACUCCAAGCAGCCGUGGCGCGCGGUGCUGGCGCGCCGGCGCUGGCGGGCCGGCUACAACGCGGGCGGCGGCCCCGCCUACACCGACACCACCGCAAUGAACCCUCAGUUCCACAUCCAAAUCCCACGCUCCGCGUCCAACAAGUGCCACGUCGUGGUGUCGGUGACGCAGUUCUACGAGCCGGCGCCCGCCGUCCAGGACAACAAGAAGAAGAAGCGGCUGUUCGCCAUCGGGUUCGCCGUGUACGAGGUGCCGCACGCCAUGACGCGCCUCAGCCCGCAGUUCGUCAUGGAGCAGCGGCCGCUGGACGUGACGAACCACUCGGUGGCACGGGAGGUGGCCACGUUCUUUACGCUACCACCGGGGGACUACAUCGUGGUGCCGCAGACGGACCGCCCUGGUCAGGAGGGCAAGUUCCUGCUCAGGAUGCUGACGGACGAGCACUCCAACAUCUGGGAGGUGAACGAGGACAACAUGGUCUUCAGGAACAUAUCAGCAGAGUUUUUAGAGGAACCGAUCAUGCUGCCGGACGGGCGGUCGCUGAUUGGCAAACUUCUAGUCAAAUACCCGCCUGAAGUGGACGUCGCCCUGCUUCAGAAGAUACUUAAAUCGCACUGGAGAGCGUACCUAGCAGAAAAGCCCAGCCUCGAGCUGUGCAAGAGCCUGAUAAUGCUGAGGGACUACAACAUCAGCGGCAGAAUCAGCCUCGGCGACAUCCCAGUCCUCAUGCACAUGCUCCACUUCUGGAAACUGGCGUUUCAGAAGUUCGAGCAGCACAGCACCCGCACCUCAUCGUACAACCUGCGACCCUUGCUCUGGGAGGCGGGCUCCACCGUCUCCAACAAGGUCCUGGAGUGCCUCGUGCUGAGGUUCGCACGACGGCAGCUCAUCAGCGCCGAGGGUUUCGUCAUGGCCAUGGUCCGGCUACAUCUCGCACACGAGAGGUAUCACAGCCUGGACACCAAAAUGAAGGGAAACCCACUGUCACUAGAGGAGAUGAUUCUGAUGACCAUCUACUCAUGACCGUGUUAUUGUUUAGCGUACGUGUUGAAACGCUCUCCCACCGGGAAAUGUUGUUCGCGAGCGGAGAAUAGUGUGUAUUGACUGCCAUAAUAUGCCCGUGUUCCCUGUAAGGUGUUCAAAAUGACUUCCCUCAGGCCAACGUAAACUGUCAGGCCAAAUGUGUGGAAAUUGUGAUGUCUGUUAAGAAGUAACAUAUAGCUCAAUAAAGUUAAGCAGUGAAGAGAGGGCGAGGUGUCGGUUGAACAUCUCACUAUUAAGGUAUUAAGUAGUAUCAUAAAUGCCAAAGAAAAUUUGUUGAAAAUCUUGUUAUUGCUUUGUCAGUCACUGAAAAUAAUUUAAAUAACA